GAUCACGUGACCCGUCUCUUCGGACUCGGCGCCGACACGAAAUGAAGCGGCUGUUCGGUGGGGUGGAGGGAGGAGGAACCAGCUCGAAUGUUGUACUGAUUGCGGAAGAUGGGACCAUUGUGGCCAAGGCAGAUGGCCCAUCCACCAACCACUGGCUGGUUGGGGUGGACAAAUGUUUGUCAGCCAUCAAUCAAAUGGUUGAGGAAGCCAAGAAGCAGGCUGGCAGUGACCCUGGAGUGCCGCUAAAGUCCUUGGGAAUGUCCCUGAGUGGUGGGGAGCAGGAGGAAGCUAUCGGCAGACUAGUUCAGCAACUGAGGGACAGAUACCCAAACCUGAGCGAGAAGUACCACAUCACCACAGAUGCAAUAGGAGGAAUAGCAACUGCCACCAAUAGGGGUGGAAUUGUGCUGAUCUCUGGAACGGGCUCCAACUGCAAGCUUGUGAAUCCAGACGGGUUGGUGAUUGGAUGCGGAGGCUGGGGACAUCUGUUGGGAGACGAGGGAUCCGCUUAUUGGAUUUCCCACUUGGCUAUAAAGACUGUGUUUGAUGCCACCGACAACUUCAAGCACACACCAUACAACAUCUCGCUGGUACAGGAGGCUAUGUACAAUUAUUUCCAGAUAUCCAAUCGGAUGGACUUCCUCACUCACCUCUAUCGGAGUUUUGAAAAAUCCAAAAUUGCUGGAUUUUGUCGAGUGUUAGCGAAAGUGGCAAACAGUGGAGAUGCAUUGAGCUGCAGUGUGUUCAGAAGAGCAGGCCAGGAAUUAGCCCAGCACGUUGUGGCUGUGAUGCCAGGUGCAGACAAGGUGCUUUUUGAGGGGGAGCUCGGUCUACCCAUCAUCUGUGUGGGAUCUGUGUGGAACAGCUGGGACCUCCUAAAAGACGGAUUUCUCGAGGUGUUGUCGGAAGCGAGGCAGAGUCGGAUGGGGAAGCAGCUGACCAAGUUUUCCCUGAUGAAGCUGACGCAGCCUUCGGCGGUUGGAGCGGCCAGUCUGGGCGCCCGGCACGUUGGUUACGAUUUGCCAAUGCACUACACGGAUAAUGUGAUGAUCUUCUACACCCACUGCUUCGGGACCCAGUGAAGCUCCCACUGCGUGGGCACUGGGAUAAUUUGGCACUGACCAGUGAGCUUGCAAGAUUGGAGAUGCAGAGAUGAUGUAAUGUGGUCAUUCAAUGAUGCUUUCUCAUUCCCAUAUUUUGUAUGUUUCCUGAUCAGAAGUUUAAUUGAAAUUUAAUCACUUCCUUAUCCAGUAACCCAGUCUUACCAAAUGAUCUCAUCCAGUUUCUGUCCCCCUUUCAGGGCAGCAGUUGAGCACUUACCCUAAACAAACGGGUGGGGGGGGUUAUCGUGCAUAACUUUUGAUCCUGUGGAGCUGUGAGCUGGUCUUCAAGUGCUGAUGGUAACUGUCGCCUUAAUAACAUUCCUGAAGAGAAUUGUAUUUUAUUGAUGACUGUCAGGAUAUAUUUGCACUUACAUGACUGAUAAUGUCGUGAAACAUGAAAAUGCUUGUCUGUAUUUUCUUUAACUCACACUAUUCACUCAUUUGACCUGUAACUAGGCAGAAGGAUUGGGUGUGAUCCUGAGCAGGCUUCCAUGACUACCUGCCAGAAGUAUUUAAGGAUAAGUAGUAGAGUCAUGGAGCAAUACAGACUGGAUACAGGCCCUUCGGCCCAACCAGUCCAUGCUGACCACGGUGCCCACCCAGCUAGUCCCAAUUUCCUGAGUUCAGCCCAUAUCCCUCCAAGCCCCACCCCUCCAUGUACCUAUCCAAGUGCUUCUUAAAUGAUACUGUUGUACCUGCCUCACCCACUUCCUCUGGCAGCUCGUUCCAUGUACUCACCACCCUCUGUGAAAAAGUUGCCCCUCAGGACUCUUCUAAGUCUUUCUCUUCUCACCCUAAACCUAUGCCCCCUAGUUUUGGACUCCCCUACCCUGGGGAAAAGACUGUUACUGUCCACUAUGCCUCUCAUAACUUUAAACAUUUCUAUAAGGUCUCCUCUCAUUUUCCUAUGUUCCAAGGAAUAAAAACUUCGCCUGGCCAACCUCUCCCUAAAACUCAGGCCCUCUAGUCCUGGCAACAUCCUCGUAAAUCUUCUCUGCAUUCUUUCCAGUUUAAUCAUGUCUUUCUUAUAACGGUGACUAAAAUUGUACACAGUACUCCCAGUGCAGCCUCACCAAUGACUUACUCAACUGCAACAUAAUGUCCCAACUCCUAUACUCAUUGCCCUGACUGAUAAAGGUGUUUAGCACACUGGCCUUCAUCCCCACCCCGUACACCUGUGAUGCCACUUUCGAAUGGGGCUAAACGUUGCGAGUUACCAGGAGAGUGAGGAGUGAUCGCAUAGAGGGUUGAAGGACUUGAUGGUAGUUGGGAGGACCACUUCCUCCACUCAGGGGCCACAAUAAAGGGACCUCAGAGCCAAACAAAGCAGGAGCAAAGAUUGAUGGAUUCUAAAGAAUGGAGAUCCCUGACAGCAGUCACUGGUUGCUGUGGUGGUGUUUGCACAGAAACCCUGUCGUGUACAUAUAUGCAGACAGAAGGUGAACAUGCUAAUACAUAUCUGAUGGUAUGGGCUAAUGAAUCAGAAUCAGAUUUAUUAUCACUGACAUAUGAUGUGAAACUUGUUGUUUUGCAGCAGCAGUACAGUGCAAAGACAUAAAAAUCCAUAAAUUACAAAAAUAAAUAAAUAGUGCAAAAAAAAAAGGAAUAAGGAGGUUCAUGGGUUCAUGGACCGUUCAGAAAUCUGAUGGCGGAGGGGAAGAAGCUGUUCCCGAAUCGUUGAGUGUGGGUCUUCAGGCUCCUGUACCUCCUCCCUGAUCGUAGUAACGAGAAGAGGGCAUGUCCAGGGUGGUGAGGGUCCUUAAUGAUGGAUGCUGCCUUCUUGAGGCACCGCCUCUUGAAGAUAUCCUCGAUGGUGGGGCGGGUUGUGCCCGUGAUGGAGCUGGCUGAGUCUACAACCCUCUGCACCUUCUUGCCAUUAUGUUCAUUGGAGGCUCCAUACCAGGCUGUGAUGCAUGAGUUCAAACCCCACUAUUGACGGAGGGAAUUUUAAUUAAAUGAAUCUGGAAUAUCA